AUGGCAACAAACAUUGUCCAACCACAAGUGUCGUCACAAUCACAAGAGCAAGAUGAAACAUUGUCUCUUUCUGAUCUUCCACUAUCUCUAAACAACCCUUGUAAAGAACAACUCUCUGAAAUCAACGAAACAACACAAGAAGAAUUCAACUUCCGUUCAUGGGUUGGUCUCUUUUCAACCGAACCAAAAAUGUGUGUAGCAGAUGAAGUUUUCUUCCAAGGACAAAUCCUCCCAUCGUCGCGUCUCUCGUUUAGCUCAGAAACCGGCUUAUUAUCCAAUCACCACGGUAAGCAAUUCAAACCAAACCAAGAAUCUUUGAGUUUUAACAACGGUUGUUUCAACGAGUUUCGUAGCAAUAGUAGUACAAGUCAAAACUCAACCACAUCAAGUAGCACUAGUUCAACAACAAAAACCAAAGUUAGAAACCAGUUUCACACACAUCCAAGUCCAAAGCCACAGAUAAAAUCAUCAUGUCCAAGAAAGUGUAUAACUCAAAGUAGAAAGUCAUCGGUUUGGGAAAUUUUCCGUUUAGGUGUGGUCCCUACACCAGAAAUAGGACUGCAAGACCUAAAGGUUCGCAGCAGUAAUCAUAGAAACUGUGUAAGUCGCAACAGUAGUAGCAGCAGCAACAGCAAUAGUACUAAAAGUGGCCAAAUGAGUAAGAAGAAGAACGAUAAUGGUGGAAAGAGCAAUCAUGUUUUGAAACACUUAGUUGGUAAACGAGGUGGUUUGUUGAGUGGUUGUGAUUGUUCGUUUGAAACGGUGGUGAUCAAUGGUAGUAGUGGUGUUAAAAGUGAUUACAAGACAGAAAGUACUAAGAAGCACGCGGUUAAAGAAAAAGUGAUGGAGUGGAAGAAACAAAAGCAAAGACAAAAGCAAGGUAAAAAGGUUUUGUCACGUCGUAGAACGUUUGAGUGGCUUAAAGAAUUGCAUGCAAAUCAUCUUGAGGAAGAGGCUUUAUUGUCAAACUCGUCAUGA